AUGGCCAGCUGUAUACCAAGAAAUAAUGGAGGGACCAGGGUCAGAACCCAACAUGGCCUUCAUCAGACUAAGGAAUUUGCUCCUUUUUUAGCAGAGGAGUGCCGUGCAGCUGAGAGAGUUAACCCAAGUGGAAACCUUGCUUUUAACCCGGCCAAUGUACAUAAUGAUGCCUUUGUGUAUUUCUAUUUUGGUGUUUUACUGUUGUCCAAUCCAGGAUUUGUUGUUAGCAAUAGAACAGCAAGGACUGAAUUCUUGCCAGAUCUGUUUAAUGUUCUUCUGAUACACCAGGGCCUGGGGAUCACGGAGGUAAAUUCAGUUUCCUGA